AGACGGGCCAUUUGCCCCGAUUUAGGCAGUUCUAGAAAUCAGAAAUCAACACAACCACCCUUUGCUUUUACACUCAGCUCCUACUUAAACCCCCAACCUCGUCAUACUAAUUUCACAAAUUUAUUUACUCAGUUCUUUUUUCUCUCUAUCCAGGACUUCGAGUAGCUUCUCCUGCUUGAAUUCGAAGCUCUAGGGUUUAACUCGUCUCUAUCUAGGGUUUUGAGUUGAAAUGGCGGCUGAGAAGCUGAGGGAUUUGUCACAGCCUAUUGAUGUGCCCUUGCUCGACGCCACCGUCUCCGCUUUUUACGGCACCGGAUCUAAGGAUGAGAGGAAUGCUGCUGAUCUAAUUUUGCGCGAUUUGCAAAGCAAUCCUGAUACCUGGCUUCAGGUUGUGCACAUUCUUUCUAGCACACAGAAUCUCAAUACCAAGUUCUUUGCACUCCAGGUUUUGGAAGGUGUGAUUAAGUAUAGAUGGAAUGCCUUGCCGGUUGAUCAGCGAGAUGGAAUGAAGAACUAUAUCUCGGAUGUUAUUGUUAAGCUUUCCAGUGAUGAGAAUUCUUUUCGACGAGAAAGGCUAUAUGUGAACAAACUAAAUAUUAUACUGGUUCAGAUACUAAAGCACGAGUGGCCAUCAAGGUGGCGAAGCUUUAUUCCUGAUCUAGUCGCAGCAGCAAAAACUAGUGAGACCAUUUGUGAAAAUUGCAUGGCUAUAUUGAAACUUUUAAGUGAAGAAGUUUUUGAUUUCUCAAGAGGUGAAAUGACUCAACUUAAAAUUAAAGAGCUGAAACAGUCACUAAACAGCGAGUUUCAGCUCAUUCAUGAGUUAUGCCUAUAUGUUCUAUCAGCAUCUCAAAGAACAGAGCUUGUACGGGCGACGCUGGCCACGUUGCAUGCCUUCCUUUCAUGGAUCCCUCUGGGUUAUAUCUUUGAAUCCCCACUGCUUGAAACUCUUCUUAAGUUCUUUCCUUUACCAUCAUACCGGAACCUAACACUCCAAUGCUUGACAGAGGUUGCUGCCCUUAACUUUGGAGAUUUUUAUAACUUGCAAUAUGUCAAGAUGUACAGCAUAUUCAUCUUACAGUUGAAGGGUAUCCUUCCAAUCAGUGCAAACAUACCUGAAGCCUAUGCACAAGGCUCUAGCGAGGAACAGGCAUUUAUUCAGAAUUUGGCUUUGUUUUUCACAUCCUUUUACAAGUUUCAUAUUCGAAUUUUGGAAACGGCACCAGAAAAUAUAACUGCUUUGCUUGUGGGCCUCGAAUAUCUUAUUGACAUUUCAUAUGUGGAUGAUACUGAAGUUUUCAAGGUUUGCUUAGAUUAUUGGAACUCCUUAGUUUUGGAGCUUUUCGAGGCUCACCAUAAUCUUGAUAAUCCUGCAGCAACUGUCAACAUGAUGGGACUACAGAUGCCCUUGCUUCAUGGUUUGGCUGAUGGCCAUGGUUCACAACUUAUGCAACGACGCCAACUUUAUGCGAAUCCAAUGUCAAGGUUGAGAUUACUUAUGAUCUGUCGCAUGGCUAAGCCAGAGGAGGUGCUGAUUGUUGAAGAUGAAAAUGGGAAUAUUGUGCGUGAAACCAUGAAGGACAAUGAUGUUCUCGUUCAAUAUAAGAUCAUGAGGGAAACACUUAUUUAUCUGUCACAUCUUGACCAUGAGGAUACUGAAAAGCAGAUGCUGAAGAAAUUAAGCAAACAAUUAAAUGGAGAGGAUUGGACCUGGAACAACUUGAACACACUAUGCUGGGCGAUUGGUUCCAUAUCCGGGUCAAUGAUGGAAGAACAGGAAAACAGAUUUCUUGUGAUGGUGAUUCGUGAUUUGCUAAAUCUUUGUGAAGUAACUAAGGGAAAAGACAACAAAGCAGUUAUUGCAAGUAACAUUAUGUAUGUUGUUGGCCAGUACCCGAGGUUUCUGCGUGCUCAUUGGAAGUUCUUGAAAACGGUUGUAAAUAAGUUGUUCGAAUUUAUGCACGAGACUCAUCCUGGAGUUCAGGACAUGGCUUGUGAUACCUUUUUGAAAAUUGUUCAAAAGUGUAGGCGCAAAUUUGUUAUACUUCAGGUUGGAGAAAGUGAACCAUUUGUUUCUGAGCUCUUGACCAGUCUUCCUACAACUAUUGUUGAUCUUGAGCCUCAUCAGAUCCAUACGUUUUAUGAAUCUGUUGGUACUAUGAUUCAAGCAGAAUCUGACCCGCAGAAGAGAGAUGAGUAUCUGCAGAGACUAAUGGAGCUUCCAAAUCAGAAAUGGGCUGAGAUCAUUGGUCAAGCACGCCAGAGUGUUGAUUUCCUAAAGGACCCAGAAGUCGUGAGGGUGGUGCUCAAUAUAUUGCAGACAAAUACGAGUGCUGCUGCUUCACUUGGAACAUAUUUCUUGUCACAAAUUUCUUUGAUCUUUUUGGACAUGCUAAGUGUUUAUAGAAUGUAUAGUGAGCUUAUAUCAGCAAGCAUUGCUGAAGGCAUCCCCUAUGCUUCAAGGACAUCUUUUGUAAAGCUUUUGCGAUCAGUGAAAAGGGAAACUCUUAAGCUUAUCGAGACAUUUCUAGAUAAAGCCGAAGAUCAACCACAAAUAGGAAAACAAUUUGUGCCUCCAAUGAUGGACCCAGUUCUAGGUGAUUAUGCCCGCAAUCUGCCUGAUGCCAGAGAAUCAGAAGUCUUGUCUCUUUUUGCAACAAUAAUAAAUAAGUAUAGGGGUGCCAUGAUAGAGGAUAUCCCUCGCAUAUUUGAAGCUGCAUUUCAGUGUACCCUGGAGAUGAUUACAAAGAAUUUCGAAGAUUAUCCCGAGCAUCGUCUCAAAUUUUUUUCCUUACUUCGCGCCAUUGCGACACAUUGUUUUCAGGCAUUGAUUCUGCUGUCAAGCGAGCAACUUAAACUUGUUAUGGAUUCUAUAAUAUGGGCGUUCAGACAUACUGAAAGAAAUAUUGCUGAAACGGGACUGAACCUGUUACUGGAGAUGUUGAAGAACUUUCAGGCGUCCGAGUUCUGUAAUCAAUUUUACCGUAGUUACUUCUUAACUAUCGAGCAAGAGAUAUUUGCGGUGUUGACAGAUACAUUUCACAAACCCGGUUUCAAGUUGCAUGUCUCAGUACUUCAACAUCUAUUCUGCCUGGUGGAGUCUGGCUCAUUGACUGAACCUUUGUGGGAUUCGUCAACAGUUGCCUAUCCGUACCCCAACAAUGCUAUGUUUAUCCGUGAGUAUACGAUAAAGCUGUUGGGUUCAUCGUUCCCAAACAUGACUGCAACUGAGGUGGCCAACUUUGUGAAUGGGCUGUAUGAGUCGAGAGCAGAUCUUUCCACAUUCAAGAAUCACAUUCGAGACUUUCUCGUGCAAUCAAAAGAGUUCUCAGCUCAGGACAACAAAGAUCUGUAUGCAGAGGAAGCUGCCGCUCAAAGAGAAAGGGAGCGACAACGAAUGCUUAGCAUUCCAGGGCUUAUUGCUCCCAAUGAGAUACAAGAUGAAAUGGUGGAUUCGUAGAUGUUUAAUUCUGGGGAGGAAGCUAACUACAGGGGCCGAGUGGCUGAAGAUAUCUAUCAAGUAGCAUUGUCAUAUUCACAAUUUUUUAACUGUGUUUUGAAUCUGUCUUAGUUUUGAAGCACUGAAUCAUGAAGGUUCCCCGCUGAAAGGCUUCUAGGGUACUGAUGAAACAUUGUGGAUGUAGAGAGAGUAAUUAGAUUCUGAUGUAGGAGUAUAGUGGGGCUUCGUUUUACCGGGAUCCUGAAUUCAGCUUGGUAUUGUAAUUUUCAUGACAACUGGGGGGAUCAGAAUGUUGAAACGCCAGUUGGUUUGUGUAAUUGUGUUGAAUAGGUGCAUGUAUACUUUGAGGAUGUGUGAAAUAUAUUUUGAUAUAAUUAUUUUUUUA